GUUCUAUAAAUACUUGUUCAUGCACCGAAGCGAAACCAAACACAUGUGUUUAACUUUAGAUCGCGAUAAAUUAAAUAGGGAAAACUUCAAACUAUAAAGGAUUCGAUGUCAAAGUAAGUGAAAAGUGAUAUUUGUGAUACAGUAAAUGCUGCAGUGAUAAAUAAGUAUGACGGACACGGAUAAUUCGUUGACAGAGGAGUCAGGAGGUGUGGCAAAUUUUGAGUGGAGUGAAGACUCAGUGACCGUGUUAAAUAAUUUCGACAACGGCACAAGUCUCCCUUGUGUCGCGCGUCUCGAGUCCAUUGCAGGGACUGGAGCCAGCUCCCUUCCCCCGGGUCUCAGUAUCUACGCAGGUCAGCCGGUGCUAUUGCACGAGCGCACGUGCAAGAAGCACGCGAAGGCUCGAACUAUAUACCAUGACAAAGACGGGCCGUACUUUGAAGUCGGACAGACGCUUGAUAUUCCAGAUGAUUUUCAAGGUUGGUUCGAGGUAGUUCCGCCGGACUUCGGUCGCGGGAAUGUGUUCCGAUCUAUCGAGCAAGUGGCGCAGAGCAGCGGCCGGAAGUUCUUCACGCGCACAAACAUACGGGCUAUCAGGGUGCACGCGGAAGAGGAGGCGGCAGACGAGGAGACGCAGUCGUUUAAGGAGCGCAAGAUCCCAGCGGGGACCGUGCUCACCGUGAAGGGUACCUUCGCCGCAAAAUGGCAGACAACAGCGCAGACUGGUUUCAUUAAACGAAAGAGCAAGGAGUACACUACAGUGGAGAUUCCAUAUCUUAAAUGUCUGGAUACAGACGACAUGGAGGUGCUCGUUCCGCUCUCCACGAGAGGGCGCUUCAGUCUCGUGUAUGAGAAAGGAGUGCGAGACUUGAGGACGGUGUACCGGAUGAAAGACAUUUUAGAGGAUUUGCAACUUCCGCUCAAAGUGAGAAUGGUUUACGGGAAACCGCCUUUGGUGCCGUGUAUUUUUAGCGGAAUGUUAGCACUAAAGGGAAAGGCCAAAGAAGAAACUAUCAUAGCAAGCACAAUUUUAAACAAACGAAACGUGUUGUUCGAACUUCCUGUGGACGCUAAUUGUGCAGUAACAACCGCAGUCAACAUGGAGCAGUUUGAAAACAUGCGGACUUACAUUGAUGCUCAGUUGUUGUGCAAGAAAUACGCGCAUUCGUUUGGAACGCUGAUAAAACUUUCGCCUGAAAUGGAUACGAAUCCACCGAUGAUUCAGCACAUUCCGACGGAGAAGCAAAAGUCACGUGACGAGAGUCUUAAGACGCUUGACUUGAUCACGAACAUAAGUGUUACAGACGAUGAACCGAAUGACUUCAUGUUUGAGAGUUCCGACAAUGAUUCGGUGCAAAGCGCCGAGUUACCGCCCUUGGGUAUGGGGCAGAUGAUGGAUCUUCGGGAGAUAACUCUGCCUAGGACCUCUCAGAUGAUCAGCGAUGCAUAGUUUCCGUUAAAAGCAGCUUUUGUAUCAAAACGCGUAUAAUCAAAGAUAUAUCAUAAGUGCAUUGUCAUGAGUAUAGCGUUCUCAUUGAUCAAAAAUUAGUUCACCGACUGCACCCUACAUAUCGAUAUUAUGUUUUGCUUAUUGUGUACUGCAUUUCUUACCUCAUAACGUGUUCAUAAUUAUACCCCCACAAACGAAGUUUAGGGGGGUAUAUAGGGGCGAACUUGUCUGUCGGUCGGUCGGUCGGUCGGUUGGUCGGUCGGUCGGUUGGUCGGUCGGUUGGUCGGUCGGUCUGUCGGUCUGUCUGUCGGUUCGUAUUAAGUGUCCGCUCUCUAAUUCAAGUAGUUUUCAUCCGAUCUUCACAAAACUCGGCCAGAAGUUGUAUCUACAUGAUGUCUGGGCCAAGUUCGAACAUGGGCCUUGCCAGGUCGAAAACUAGGUCACGGGGUCACUUAGUGCGUUUUAAACAUUCAGCAUGCUGUCCGCUCUUUAAUUCAAGUAGUUUUCAUCCGAUCUUCACCAAACUUGGUCAGAAGUUGUAUCUACAUGAUGUCUAGGCCAAGUUCGAACAUGGGCCUUGCCGGGCAAAAAACUAGGUCACGGGGUAACUUAGUGCGUUUUAAACAUUCAGCAUGUUGUCCGCUCUCUAAUUCAAGUAGGUUACAUCCGAUCUUCACCAAACUUGGUCAGCAGUUUUAUGGAGAUGAUCUUAAGUCCAAGUUAGAACAUGGACCUUCUUGGGUCAAAAACUAGUUCAAGGGGUCACUAAGUGCGUUUUAAAAAUUAAGCAUGGUGUCCGCUGUUUUUUGUGAAGACGAUAUGCAAAAUAUUAUGUGUCAAUGCGGCAUGUGGGGGUAUUAGUCACGUCUGUGACAAAGCUUUAGUUUAUUUAGUUUUUUUUCACCCACACGAGCGUUCACCUACAUACGUUGUAUUUAUACAUGUGAGAAAGUACAUUUAAAAAAAACGUUGACCCAUAAAAACAUCCAAGCAAGUAUCUUUUGCAUUUUAAUAACAUUCACUUGAAUCAUAUGUUAGUUUUUAUUGGAUGUGGAUUCACUGCUUGUGGUGCUUUAUUUUAUAUCGAAAUACAAAUGUGAUGGAUGUAAUCACUUCUACUUCUAAUACUUUUAAGUACUUCCUACAGUCAAUUGCUGACUAUAACAGGAAGGCCUAUUAUAGGCAGAUAUGGACACUAUCGAGUCCGUUUCCUGGGAAGAACCAGUACUUGGUGUCUAUGGGGGAGAUAAUGAGAACGCUGCCUGAGUAGGGAGCUAACCCACGAAUUCCCGAUCGUUAGGCGGACACCUCAUCCACUACACCACUUCUCUCUUCUUUAAGGUAGAAGAAGUCGAAAUGUGUCAUGGUGCAAAUCAAAUAUCAAACGAACAUGCAUGUUUUUCACUGAAUUAGGAAUGGCUAAAGAGUCCAUAUUAAAGACCCGUAAAUACGCUGAUCAUAGUAAAUCAAUUUGUUAUCUGCUAUAUUUUAUUUUCACUUUAUGCUAUCAUCGGAACAAUCACGGUUAUGCAUGAAGAAUACACGACUUUUGUAUAGUGCAAUAUUGAACGGCGCAAAAAUA